UCUGUGGUUCCAUGUCUUUUAAAUGUUAAAUGACAUUGGAUAGUGUCACUUUUUAGGUCAUGUGUCAAGAUGGUGUAACUUCUCGUUUCUAAUGAUAAUAGUUAACAUAACCUCAAUUCACUGAGGCUGAAAAAUGUGGAAAUUUUCUCGAAAAAGUUAUUCCAACGCAAUCGUCAUCACAACUGAUCAAUGGAAAGAAGUAUCUCAAAGGCUGAAUAAUAAAAUUAAAGGUACAUUUUUUGAAAAAUGGGUGAAAUAUUGGAAACAACUUGCAGGAGACUACAAAGACGUUGCUCUCAAUCUCAAAACGGAAAUGCAACAAAAGCGACUGAAGUCAGCCCUUUAUUUGAGUGGAAUUUCUCUUUUAAGUUACUGUGCGACUCACAACCCUGAUUUAAUAACGUUUAGAGCAAAAUAUGUGGAAAGUGCGAAUGAGUUAGCUCUAAUUAAUCCAAAUGCGGCAAACCCUAUGGCUAUUAAUCAUUUAAAAUACAUUGAAAAUUGUUACAACUCCAAUCGCAUAAGAUACAUUAAUUUAGGUAUACUGUCAAUUGUUUGGGUUGAUGAAUUUAGUGAAGACUGUGAUACUUAUGAAUGUAAAUGUUCAUAUUUGCAAGUGCCUUAUAGACGUUUUGGAGAACGAAUAUUAGAUGUUGGAUUUUUGAACACCUGGUGGGUUAUUUCUAGAAGAAUGCUGGACUAUGAUAUUAAUUUUUAAUUCAGUGUUGAUUUGGUGAAUAAAAUAUGUAUAAAUAACAUUUCUUUAUAUUUUUGUUAUUGUCAAAAUCAGGGAAAGGCCAUACUUAAAAUGCAUUUAAUUAAUCAAUUAAAG